CUCCAGCAGGAGAGCAGGGCCAGGGCUGCACCUUGCUGCUCUUGCCUCCCUUCCAGCUUCCCGGUGCUCCAGCAGCAUGGGGACCAGGGGAUGGACGCUUCCAGCCUUCGUGGGAUGCUGCCUAUGGAUUCUGCAUGGGCUCGGGGCCGCCGUCGCCGUCCCUGUGACCACGGAGGGGCCGUUUGGUGUCCACACAGCUUCUCCCACCGCGGCGCAGAGCGAGGCACGGGGCGCCCUGCCGCUGGGCACCGCGGGGACGAGCACCGCCGUGGCUGAUACUGAGACAACCGAGAGCGUCCUCGCGGGACGCCCGGCGAGCCCGUCCUUCCCCUCCGGGGCUGAGGCAGAUUUGGUGACCACGACCAGCGCUCCGACCAGUGCUCCGGCUGCGGGGAGCGAUGCUGAGGCUGGGCUCAGCCCCAGCACAGCAACACGGGCUCCCAGCGGAGAGCCCCAGGCGGUGACGGACGUGGCCACGUCUCUUAAUGCGUCCCAGGGAAACCAGACGGUUUCGGCUGCCGCCUUGGUUUUCACCCCCCAGCCCGCUUUCACCCCCAGCGCAGAGCUUGAUGUAACGGCGGCCGCUCCUGCUGCACCCCCCGGGGCCACCCCUCUGUUUGCAGACAUGAGCAAGGACAUCCUCGCGUCGGUGACAAGGGAAGGAGCGGACUUGGAGCCCACGGCUGAUGCCACAUCCCUCCCUGCCACCCUGCCACCAGCAGCCAUGAGGGCAGAGCCGACAACCGGCAGCCCCCUGGGUCCCCAUGUCACCGCACUGCUGAGCCAAGGGCUGGCCACGGCCAUGGGAGCUGCGGAGGAAGGUGUCACCCUGCCUGGGGACAGCCAAGGAGAAGGCAGUGCCCCCUCCUCGAUCCCCAGCCCCGGGGCUGGGGGGCUGCUCACGACACGGUGGGACGAGGUGCUGAGUGAGACCGUGGGUGUCACUCCGGGGCCAGCAGCUCUGGGGUCUGGCGAUGCGGGAGAUGCAGUAAAUGGUGCUGUUGGCAAAACUGAUUCAUCCCAUCUGGCUCCAGAGAAUGGGACAGUGUCGGGAGCAGCAGAAAACCCAGGGCUGACCUCCCUCCUCGCUGGACAGGCAGGGCUGAGCCCGGCCACCUCACCAGGACCGGCCAGUGGCGGGGAUGGAGAUGUGCAGGGAGCCCCAGCGGUGCCACCGGCCAGCCCCGGCUCAGCCCCAGCUCCUGCAGCCCCCGAGGCACCUGGGGAGCGAGGGGACACGGCCACCUCGCUUCUGGCCUCCAGGGCCCCCACGGAUGCGCAGAGCGACACGGAUGCCCCAGCCCCAUCCAUCACACUGCCCCUGCCCACGGGGGCUGUGGGUCCGGCCGAGCCUUCCCUGCAGCCUGCCCCAUGGCAGAGCCCCACCGGAGAACAGCAACCGCAGCUUGCCGCCGCUCUGCCGUCCCACACGGACACCCCCAGUGCUCCCGGGGCUGCUUUCCCACCCCCAGGGGCUGCAGCUGGUGAUGGGGCAGAGACAACAGCGAACCCCGACCUCGGUGCUGCCCCAGGAGCGCCUGCCUCGCUGUCCCCUGGGGGGUCACAGCCAUGGGGGACAGCAGCCGGUGCUCCCGAGGGAGCUGAUGGAGCUGGCACCGUCCCGAAUUCAGCUCUGGAUGCUGCCAGCCUGGCUUCUUCUGGACCCAAUGGCCUGGCAGGGCCUACUCAGGGGGACACAGCAGACACGGCACGGGCAGGGGACACAGGGGACAGCAGUCCUUACGCAGGCACCCAGGGUGACACCAGCUCUUCGUCCAGCAGCGCUCAGCAGGGUCCCGCUGACACCGCAGAGCUGCCGGCAGCCCCAGCAGGAACCCUGCCCAGCACCGAGCUGUCCCCUGCUGCAGCGCCUGGGGACGGAGCAGGAGCAGCCCCCGGCACCGGGAGAAGUGUCCCCGCCUGGUCCCAUGGCUCCCGGCCAUGUGGGGCUGGAGCCCGACCUCUCGGGGGCUGAAGGACCAGGACCCCUGCCCAGCC